CGGGCCAUGGUCGCGAGAACCGAUGAGAGCAUGUUUGGCUGCUAUGGUGACAGCUACUCGUACCGCCUGUGGAGCCUGGCCAACGUGUGGGGCGCCUGCCGAUGUGAGUAGUGCCUCGACGGCGGCCCGUCCCCGAACUUUCACCGCUGACGUCAGCGGAGGCUGUGAUUCUCGGUUUAGUACGACGUAAUUGCGAUUGAUAGUCCGCGAGUUGUGCGACGCGAUAUCGGAAUCUGAUAGUAGCCGGUGGUCUCGUUCAGUGAGGUGUGAGAACGGUGUCGCUCGAUGAAAGUGCAGAGCGCGCUUAUGGGAGUUGGCGGUUGGUACGAACGUUCGGCAGCCGCUUGGCUUGCGGACAUGAGGAGUAAGCAAGUCCCGACGUCCACCACCUCGGCCAGGCGGCUUGCGGCCUUAAUUCGUCCGCUGGCGAGCGGAGGGUCGGAAGGCAAGCCGUCCGAAGAAGAAGAGGACCGCGGGGGCUCCCCGCUGGGCCCCGGAGGACCGUUUACCUGCAGCCAGUGUCGAGGCACCUAUCCCACGCGCGAGCAGCUGGACCGACACGAGACCUUGCACACGCCCAGCACACAGGUGGAUACAGUCCAAUAUACAUGCAAGAUCUGUCAUAAGAGCUUCGCGAACGUGUACCGACUGCAGCGGCACAUGAUCAGCCACAACGAGAGCGCCGACCUGAGGAAGUACAAGUGCAACGAUUGCGACAAAGCCUUCAAGUUCAAACACCACCUCAAAGAGCAUCACAGGAUACAUAGCGGAGAGAAACCAUUCGAAUGCGCUAAUUGUGGGAAGAAAUUUUCACAUUCUGGUUCAUAUUCGAGUCAUAUGACCUCCAAGAAGUGCCUAGUCAUGAACCUUAAAAUGGGCCGGAUAAAACCGAACAACCCUGCCCUCAACCCCAACAGAAGUCCGUCUAGGAAGCGAGCGAACGCAAUAGCAACAUCUCAAUUGAACAACAACAUACCCUCAAACGGAAACACUUUCCUUCCUAUCCUUCCAAAAUACAACGAAGCUGCUGCCUUUUUCGCUUCCAUGUCGUCACAAGAUAGUAAUUUCCAUCGCCCACCCUUAGGGCAGCCAGCUCUUAAUCCAUUCUAUCUGCCCCCGGGGCUACCAAUGAGUCCUGCUAGUGGUAUCACUCCAUAUAGCUUAAGCCAAUUUUUUGAACACUUAGCUUCAUCUCAGUGUCCGCCAAGGAAAAUAGAGAAACUACCCAGCCCGAAACACUAUAAUCCCGAGGCUCCCGAAGACCUAAUCGAAGAAGUCACUGAGGAAGAAGACAAGAGAUCAGAAGGGAGCGCCGAACUGGUCAUGGAUAUUGAGGAUGAUGAGGCAGUUACGGUUAAAAAGGAGAAACAAGAUCAAGACUGUGAAUCAAGGCCUCCAUCUCAAUAUAAUUCCGUCCCAAUAAUGAACAGCAAUGUUCAAGAUGAAGACAAUAAUCAAUCCAGAUUCAACACCAUAUUAGAAUCAGUUAGUGCAUCUGUAACCAAACAUUUCAUCAGUACUAAUGCAGACAAGCUGUCCCCGGUCGCCGGCUCCGUGUGUCCUAGCUUGGAAUCGCCUCCGACGCCGCAUGUCAUCAUAAAGGAAGAACCGGAGGACUUAAACCGAUGCUUUAAAUGUAACAUCACUUUCGAAAGUAGGGACGAGUUGUUAGACCACGAAAAGAUACACUGCGAUAAUAUAUUUAGAAAGCAUGAGAGCUUAGCGGCGCAAGUCGCGGAAACGGUGGCGCUCACCAGGAUAGAAGCUGAGAUGAGGAACAACUUGCAGAGCGGCGCGAGUGCGAGCGAAGACGAAGACUCCAAGAACGAUGAUAAACUUUCUAUUCACGACAACGACAAGAAAAUCAGAGUCCGCACCGCACUAACUGAUGUCCAGCAAGUCAAACUGAGGGCGUUUUACUGCUUCGACCAGAGACCGAACCGGGAGGAAUCCAAGCGCAUAGCUCAGCAAGUCGGAUUGGACAGUCGAGUGGUGCAAGUGUGGUUCCAAAACUUUAGGGCCAGGCAGCGAAGAAUGACGAAAACACAGCUCUCGCCCGACCAACCGCUAGACUUGUCCACGAAGAAAUCGAACCAAUCGGUGACCUCCACGCCGUCGCCGUCGCCUUGCAGCAUUUCAGUUACACAUUCCGACUCCGAGGAAGCUGUGAACUUAAGUCAAAAGUCGUCACGCAGCACAACGCCUCAUCGCACCAAUUACACCAACACUUACUCACAUUCCAACUGCUCAUCAUCUUCUUUCACUGACUUUAGACUGUCGCCAUCGCCCGGUGAGAUCAACGGUCAGAAACGUUUGCUGCCCCAGAAACUCAAUCCCUUAGUACCCAUGGAGAAGUUGCUGCAGUACAACGACAUGGCCAAUGGGAGAUCUCCUAUCCUGAACAUGCAUAUGUCGAGUGACGUAACCAGGCACGGCAGCCCGUCCUACGACCGUCCCUGGGCUGAUGACGUCCAACCUUCGAUCGAAUACGACGAUGAACCGACUGUACUUAAGAAGGGCAAGCUCAAGCACGUCGAUGUCAAGGAAGGAGAAGGACAAUUUGUGUGUGACCAGUGCGACAAGACCUUUGUGAAACAGAGCUCUCUAGCCAGACACAAGUACGAACAUUCAGGGCAGCGACCUCACAAGUGUCAGGAGUGCCCGAAAGCGUUCAAACACAAACACCACCUCACGGAACAUAAGAGACUCCAUACCGGGGAAAAGCCCUUCCAGUGCUGUAAAUGCUUCAAGAAAUUCUCCCAUUCGGGUUCGUACAGCCAACACAUGAAUCACCGGUUCGCCAUCUGCAAGCCUUACAGAGAGUAGAUAUAAUUAGGGAUAGAGUGUGAAAUACUUGGAUUUAUCUAUUAUUUCGCUUAUAGUACAUACUUGGAUUUUUACGUCGAUAUCGAUGCCAAAUAGAUUAUGUGCCAAAAUGUUUAUUUUAGAUGUAAAAUAAGGUUACCAAUUAGGAUCGCCGCUCCGGACAUAACGCUUGGCGUUAAUGUUAAGUAUGUGUAAGAAGACACGAGAUAGUAUAUUUAUUACGGUAACAAUGUUAUGAACAACGAAAUAUUACCUGAUACUCAUUGGGUACUAUAGUAUUCACGAGGUAUUUUUAUGGUUGUUGCUCAACUUUUUGAUUUUGUACAAUUUUUAUGUUUCAUAUUAGUGUCGGCUGUAAGGAGAGUGUGCCAUUGAGUACCAAAUCAAAUGCCAAAUUAGUUCUAAAGUCUGUAAAUUGUAAUGUGCUAUUUUUAUUCAUUUGAGUGCCAAUUACCCGAAACGCGUGCCAUUCAAUGCCGUUACAAAUUCGCGAUAAUUCUAAGUAUAGUUUCUAUUGUAAUUGCAAAGGCCCGUACCUGUAGUAUAAUACUCAAAAUAAUAUUAGUUUUAAAACAAAGAAUAGUUUUUUUUUUUAAUAUACGUAAAUAUAAUUCCAUAACGUAUUAA